AUGGUUCGUAUUAAGGAGCGAUAUUUGCUAGUCAAUAUACUCUACCCUGACGCGCUCAAGAACGUCAAGCCAAACGAACCGGACCUCGCCGUCCUUCACAAGCCGACAACGAAUGACUUGACACCCCAGGCUAUCCUAAGAGCAAUUCGGGAACAGGUCAGAGUAUUGUUUGGAGACUACGGCUCUGGUCUUAUCGAGCGAAAUCUCCUGGUCAAAUAUCUGUCUAAUGCUACUUCGACCUUCAUCCUUCGCGUUCAUCGGGAGCAAUAUCGCCUCGUGUGGGCGGCCCUGACUUUUAUGGAUGAGCUUCCCAUCAAGAAUGGGCAAGCCUGCACCUUUCGUGUUGUCCAUGUUGGAGGCACGAUGCGUAAAGUCGAGACAGCGGCGAUUCGGCGACAUAAGGCAUUGAAGCUCGCUGUGGAAAAGCAAAUGGCUGGCAAAGAAUCCGACGUGCUGGACACACUGUUUGGCUCCAGUGACUCUGCCCACCGCAUGCAGGGUGUGGUUCUUGACGCUGAAGAUGAGGAUGACAACGCCGGCGAAGUGGACGAGGAAGAGGAGGACGACGGCUGA